ACCUCACUUCAGCACACGAUCACCUUCCGACUCCGAUUGACAAUCAUCCACAUCGAAACAAAUCAGACAGACACCGCUGAGAGACACAAAUAUGGGCGACCCGCAAUACCUCAGCUUCCCAACGCUGGCACUCGCGCAGAAUGUCUUCACCGUCGCCUCUCCAUCAACAUCAUCCUCCACGAGGCAGUCCGCACUCACUGCCUUGCAAGAUGACAUCCGCGAGCACAAGAUGGCGCCUCUCUACGCAUAUCUGGCUCAUCCCCAAACGGGCAAGCUGAAUUCUCCAGGUGAAGGCGGCGCCUCUCUUUCACCCACAAACACCCGUGCUUCGCCUCCAUCUCCUGGCCAUCUCCUUCGAAGGACGAGCAGCAUAAACGCUCCAUCAAUCGUCGGCGUACUGGGUGGUAAGACAGACACCACUGUGACACUACCAUGGGAUGAAGCACUCUACGAGCAAUUACGGGCGGACAACGAGAAAGAGCUCGCGGCGAUACAAAAGGAGGAAGACGACGCGGUGGAGCAGGCAGGUGAGACGGAGAUUCAGACAGCGAAGGGAAAGCGCGCAGAGUUCUACGCGCGGGUCGGUGACAAGGAUAAAGCAUUGGAGGAGUUUGAGAAGCUACUGGAGAAGAGCGCCAUCCUCGGGACAAAGAUCGACAUCGUGCUUGCUAUUAUCCGCAUCGGACUCUUCUUCGACGACAAGCUGCUGGUGAAGAAGAACGUCGACCGCGCUCAGCAGCUGGUCGAGAGUGGCGGAGACUGGGACCGCCGCAAUCGCCUCAAGGCCUACAAUGGUCUGCAUCUCAUCACCAUCCGUGCCUACAACCUCGCAGCACCGCUUCUUCUCGACUCGCUCUCCACCUUCACAUCCACUGAACUGUGCUCAUACAGCAACCUUGUCGUCUAUGCCACCCUCGCUGGAUCCGUCAGUCUACCACGUCGCGACUUCAAGACGAAGGUUGUAGACGCCCCAGAAGUGCGCGCCAUCUUCGGCAGCGAGUCCGACGCAGACCGCCUCACCGCCCUCGGUGGCUCAGUCUCUGCGGGACCCGGCGCAGGCGAUGAGGAGAAAAUGGCCGUCGACGAGUCCACUGCUACACCUAAACCCACAGCUGUCAACCUCACCACUCUUGCCAUGGGCUCCGCCUCAGCCGAAGCACAAGCCAAAGCCGAGCCAAAAGUCGACUUCCGUCCUCUUGCGAACAUGAUCUCCAGCUUGUACUCUGGCAACUACUCAACAUUCUUCUCCAGUCUUGCAGCGGUGGAGCAGAACUUCCUCUCGACAGACCGAUAUCUGUACGAGCACAAGAGCUGGUUCGUGCGUGAGAUGAGGCUGCGGGCGUACGCUCAGCUCUUGCAGAGCUACAAGGUCGUCGGUCUGGACUCAAUGGCGACGAGCUUUGGCGUGUCGGUCGAUUGGCUGGAUCGUGAUCUCGCGCCUUUCAUCGCGAGUCAGCGGUUGCCAUGCACGAUUGAUCGUGUGAAGGGUAUCAUUUCCACGCAGAGGGCGGAUGACAAGAACAAGCAAUACAACGAUGUUGUCAAGCAAGGCGAUCAGCUCAUCACCAAGCUGCAAAAGUACGGCCAGGUCGUGCGUCUGCGCGGUUCCGAACGGAGUUGA